UGUUGACUGAAUAACCCGCCAUCUUGUUGUGACUCCUGUACGUGCGUGGAAGAGUGACUUCAAGGGGGAUCCAGUCACGUCUUUCCUUUUAUUUUUUUUAUUUUUUUUUAUAGACGAGAAGAUUGGAUCCCGAGCAUAAGUAUUUGAAUCUAUCUAAUUAGCAUUUUUUAUUCAUUUUCUCCAAUCGUUUUUGGACCAUAACAAGAAACAGAGAUGAGUAUCGAGACGCUUUUAGAGGCGGCGAAGUUUUUGGAAUUGCAAGCCCUGCAACAACAGAAAGCACGUGAAGAGAAUGAGCUUCAGGAAAGACGGCGCCGUGAGCAAGAGGCGGAGAAGCGGAGAGCAGAAGUUACCUCUUACACUCAGUCCAUUCAAAUGAACCAUGUGACCUGGGUGGAGGAGUCCGGCCCUGAUCAUCGCCACAUACCUGCCAUGGCCCAGGCUCCUCCCCCUCCCCCCACAUUGCCCAUCACUGUCAUCCCCAUCUCAGUAGUGUCCUCCACUCCACCUGCUCUGCCCCCGCCCCUGCCCCCGACCACAGCUCUCAGCCCGCUGGAAGCGGCCCCCCUCACGCCACCCAAAAAGGACGCCCACUCGCUGCCAAACCAGCAGGCACUGCACCAGCGGCCCCUCAUCUCAUCUCAGGUGAAGGCAGAGCCCACGUCACUGUCUCCAUCCAGUGGCACCAAACCAGCCCAGCAGCUCCAGACCUACCCGGGCCCCAUCAUCACAGCUUCCCAGCAUGCACUUCUCCCUCAGCCUGGACCUCCUUCAGCCCAAUCCAGCCCUGCGAUCAGAGGCAGCUCGCCUGUUGACCACCGUAACUUGGAUGGCAAGAAAAGACCUGGAGGGGCAGGAACGAGAGAAGUGCACAAUAAGCUUGAAAAAAACAGACGUGCUCACUUAAAGGAGUGUUUUGAGACCCUGAAGAAGAACAUCCCUAAUGUUGAUGAAAAGAAGACCUCCAAUCUGAGUGUUCUGAGAAGUGCUUUGAGAUUCAUUCAGACUCUGAAAAGGAAGGAGAAGGACUAUGAGCAUGAGAUGGAGCGUUUGGCACGGGAGAAGAUCGCCUUGCAGCAGAGACUGGCCGAGCUCAAGAACGAGCUGAGUCAGCAGUUGGACGUGAUUGAGAUUGACCGUGUUCUUCGACAGACUGUCCAGCCAGAUGAUGACCAGGCCUCUACCUCCACUGCCUCAGAAGGUGAAGAGAACAUUGAUGAAGAUAUUGAAGACGAGACGCCCAUCGCCUUAUCCAAAGUGCCUGCUGCGCUUCAGCCAGAUUUAAAGAAGUCCCAUCCUGUGUCAUCCCUCAUAACACAGCACAUCCACAUCCCUCACAAUCCAUUGAAGACUUUACCCCCCAUUCCCUCAGCUCAGCUCUCCCCCAUCGCUGCCUCCGCUCCAAUCACAACCCCAGCAUCCGCUCCUGCCGCCCAGGUGGUGACCCCACACACACUACCUCCAGCCCAGACCCACAUAGUGACUGCGGCCGGCCUGCAGCCUUCCGUCAUCGCCCACGCGGGAUCGGCGUCACAUGCCUCCGUCAUCCAAGCGGUCAACCGCGUGAUCCAGCCGGGCUCCAAGCAUGUGACCCACAUCGCUCCUUCCUCCUCGAGCUCGGUGCAGCUGGCCCCAGGACCUCAACCCAUUAGCCACAUCACUGUCACCCAUCUUCCGGCAAUCUACCCACAGCCUGUCACAGUCACACAGCCAGCGGUCAUGAGCCACAUCGCGCAAACGCUCUCUCACAGCCAGAUGAACGGCACUUCAGUGACCAACGCGCAAGCCAAGCCAACGCCGGUGGGUGCUCAGAUGGUUACCCAUCACCCUCAACUGGUGGGCCAGACUGUCCUCAACCCCGUCACAAUGGUGACCAUGCCCUCCUUUCCAGUCAGCACGCUAAAGCUGGCCUGAAGCGCUGACAAACGGACACCCAGAUAGAGUAUAGACCCUUAUAGACUGCCGCCACAUGCAGCACUGCGUUCAAACGAAUUAUAAAGCUAAAGGACUCAGUACAUUCCAAAUGAAAAGAAAGUAUAUAUACACACGUAAAGAAAUUUAUUGAAUGUCUACUAUAUAAUGAUAUAUAAUAAAAGACAAAAAGAGAUGUUUUAUCUUUAUGUGUGGGCAAAGGCAAAGUCUAAAGUGCUUGUGUGCUGCUCAAUGUGUUUUAGGCUGUAGUGGAGUGUGUUAUGAUGAAACUGUGGUGCGAUCCCAGCCUAGAUUGACUCUCAGCCAGCCUGAUAUGUGUGACUACUAGUUUAAAUGACUAAAUGAAAAGGCAGCCCCCAUAAUACCUCACACUAACUCCUCAUAUAACAGCACACCUCAUGGGAAUGCUCUUCUCAGCUCCCGCUAGACCAGGUUUCAUGUACUGUGUCGAAUCCUGAACCAGUUCUUGAAGUCCCUGCAGUUCUUAAAGAGAGAGUUUGUCGUUCAAACCUGCAUGACUUUCCUUUUCCUGCAGAACACGAACAUGAACCGUUUUUGUCAGUACAAUAAAAGUCAGUGGGGUUCAAAACCACACAGACCCUGGUGACUUUCAUUGUCUGAAAAAAAGAAAAGAAAGAACUUCAAAAUAGCUUCUUUUUGUGUUCUACGGGAUAAAGAAAAUUGUAGCCGUCUGGAACGACUUGAUGAGUGAAUAAUGAAUAAUUUUUUUUUUUUGUGAACUGUUGCUUUAAAAUCAAUUUACCUGGUCAGUUUGGUGUCAUAUUUUACCACUAUAGUUGAUGCAAGAUGUAGCAUCAUCAUUACACUGGAGAAAUGAUUUUCUUAAUAUUUUUUAAGUUUAAUUUCAAAUAUUUAUAAAUUCUUAAAGCAAGAUCGAUUUACUUGAGAAGGAAAAUUAAUUAAAAUAUUAAAUGUACCAAAAUUAAGUGUGCUUAUGCUUUAAACAAGAAAAAAGUAAAAUCUUGUUUCCCUUCCAAUAAAGCUUCUUUCUUGCCUCGCAUAAGCAUAAACUCAUUGAACUUGAAAACAAAACUUAAUGUAUCAAGCCAUUUUGUUUUGCUAUUGUAUAAAUAUAUUGAUUUAAAAAAGUGAGGGUUUUACUGGAAAUCAAGACAAAUACUAAGAAAAUAAUUUUUGCAGCAUAAAAUAGUCAAUCAUGAAGUUGACACCAUGACAGCAGGAGCAUAUGUGAGCUGUUUCUAUUAGAAAAUGUCUUUUUACGGAGUUUACAUGAUUUGUCUGUAGUGCUCUAGCUGGCAUAGACACAAUUAUUGAGUCACGUGAGUCAUGGGAAUCUGACAGGAGUGCCUUUAACGUUGUCAAUCUGGAGUCCUGUUCAAUGCUGCACAGACGCCCCCUAUUGUUCUUUUGCUGCACCUGCACUCUUUAAGUUAUUCACUAACAAAGCCACCUACAGUACUUCAAUCCAGCUCAGUGGUGUAUGAACCAUAUUAAAUAGCCAUUAGUUUGCAACAGCGCAAACAUUGUUCUGGAUGUCAUUGCGAAUGUAUUCCAACACAUUCAAUGCCUUCAUCUUGCCACUGGUGAUAAAUGUUGGAAAUUAUAUGUGCAGGAAAUAACUGCAUGGUUAUUUAGUCAUGUAGCAUUAAAGUGUUAAAGUUAAAUGCAUUUGUGUGUUUGUGUAGUGAAUGCAUUUCUCAGAGGCUUUUAAUGUUUUAGUGAAUAAUAAUGUUGCAAGUGAAAGGUGGAUCAAUGUCACCUCGUGUUUCUUAAAUAAACAUAUUUUAGGCUU